AGUGAUUUCUGCAGUGUUGCAUAAACCCCAAUCGCCACAACAUGCAUCCCUCACUGCAACAAGUAAUAUUAAUAGCACUUCUUGUCGGAUGUCUCGGGGACACGCCGGGUCGAAAUGGGUCUCCAGGGAAUGCCGGCAGAGCGAAGCAUCCUCGCCAGAGCACAUGCCCUAACCCAGAGGACAUCCUCCCCUGCGAGUGCACCUUCGACGACCAGCUCGGAGCCAUGGACAUGAACUGCUCCGGCGUCCUGGACGAGGAGCAGCUUCGCCAAGUGUUCCUGGCGGAGGUGCCCGACAAGCAGUUCCGAGCUCUCAUUAUUACCAACAACCCUCACAUCCGUGUCCUUGAGAAUGGCGUGUUCAGCGACUUCACUUUCCAGCGCAUUGACAUCAUGGACGGUGUUUUGGAAGUCAUUGAGGAGGCGGCUCUGACUGGCAGCGCCUCCACGGUCUUCGAGAUGAACUUCCACAGAAACAACAUCACGGAUUUCCCCUUCUUGAGCCUCAGGGAGUUCUCGUCCCUCGAGAACCUCAACCUCCACUACAAUAAGAUCAAGGAGAUCCCCGUCUUCGAGUCAGGGUCCAUGAAGGAGUUCUACAUCUUUGGGAAUCCUCUGGCGCAUCUUCCUGUGGAGAGCCUCACUGGCUUGCCGAACCUGAAGACGUUUGGUGCGUCGGAAUGUGAUAUACCAGAAUUAUAUCCAGGAGUCUUCGACCACCAGGUCUCCUUGAGGAACGUGUAUCUGCAGCAGAACCGCUUGACCAGAAUCCCCAGCGGCGCCUUCCGUACCUCUGGACAGACGAUCUUCCACAUCAAGCUGUGUGGCGCCCCCUCUUGGAGAAUGACGUCACAGUCUGGCUCUCUGCCAAAGAUCAGCUUCAGCCCUUUAAUUAUGAACGUAAUAAUCGUGCCACACCCCCCACCCCCCACCCCACACCCAGGCAAUCCCCUGACCUGUGGGUGCGACGCAGCGUGGGCGGUUCUCAACCCUGACCUCCUGCGCCAGCUCCCCAACGCCCACUGCGAGAGCGGGGUUGACCUGGCUGACCUAGACCCGGGAAUCUUUGACUCCUGCUGA